UGUGGCAUCAAGACCAUAUGUGCCUGCCCAAAAAUGCAGUGUGGGAGGCUGCCCUGUGGCUCUUUAUCUUUAAAGUGUGUGACACAGGAGUUUUCUGGUCUGAAACCUUUAUGAGAACCUUGCCUGAUGCUGCCCUUCAUGCCAUCUGAUGUAAUCCAGGUACAUAAUUGCCAAAAGUUCAUGGAGAGGUUUAUUGACAAAGCCCAUUGACCAAAUGUAACUGAGAGGAGUUUCUCCCUUGAGUCUUUUUAUCCAUGAACUUGGAGGAAAUCCUGGCACCUGGGGUGAAGAGGAUGAAUCACAAACAUGUUUUCUUUCCUGUAUUUUGCACCUGGCAGAAGACCUGAGCUGCAAAGCCUGAGGGCAGAAAGGGUUUACGAUUCCCCCAUAGACAAAUGGACAGCUGGUGGAAAAAGUCAGAUGGAGCAGUAUUAAAGUGGCUUGAUUCAAGGAAUCACACACACACACACACACACACACACAUGCUAUAUGUAUGCACCUGCAUAACCCUGCACGUUCCACUGUGGUUGUGUCCUAGGGUUUUUCUCAGACUCUGAAAAUGUUUCCUUGGAUUUUUCUGUUGCUUUUUCUGCAGCUAUAUCUCCUUGUGAUUUGUCAGGAUGGUCCCAAGUGCUAUUCCGAGAUUGAACGGAGUUUUUACAAGGAUGGAGACAUUGAGAUUGCUUCCUUUUUCCCCAUUUACAUACACCUCGUUAACAGAAUCAUGAAUAUUUUCCAAAGAGAUCUCACAUUCAUCCGGUUUCAAUCCAAAAACUACCAAUAUGUUCUGGCCUUGGUUUUUGCUAUUGAGGAGAUCAACAAGAACACCCAGCUUUUACCCAACAUGACAUUGGGAUUUGAUCUCUAUAAUGUCAUGCACAGUGACAUGAUGGUGAUGGAGAAUCCCUUCAUCUGGCUUGCGGGAAUGGAAAAGCAUGUUCCCAAUUACACGUGUAGGAAACAGAGCAAGUCUGUAGCCAUAAUAUCAGGAACAAGCAUUGCUGUCCAAAUGGGGACACUCCUGGAACUCUACAAAAUUCCACAGCUGACUCUUGGAUCUUUUGAACCUCUUCUGAGUGACAGUGCUCAGUUUCCUUCCAUCUAUCAGAUGGCCCCCAAAGACACUUCUCUGGCCCGUGGCAUGGUCUCCUUGAUGCUUCAUUUUAGCUGGACCUGGGUGGGUUUGGCCAUCUCAGACCUCCCAAAAGGUAUUCAGUUUAUGUCUGAUUUGAAAGUCGAGAUGCAGAAGAAUGGCAUCUGUGUAGACUUUGUGGAAUUCAUCCCAGUCACUGAGGAGUCACGUAUUUCACUCCAGAAUAGGUUUCAUAUCCAGAUCCUAAAAUCAUCAGCAAAUGUGGUGAUUCUUUUCUGUGACACUGAUUCACUCAUAGGUGUCAGCUUUCCAACAUGGAAACGUGUAAUGACAUGGAAAGUCUGGGUCACCACCUCACAAUGGGAUUUUGCCAGCGAUGAGCAUCAUAUUCUGCUCCACUCAUUCCAUGGGACUCUCAUUUUUUCACACCACCAUAGUGAGAUCUCUGGUUUCAAAAACUUUCUUCAGACAAUUAACCCUUCCAAAUACCCAGAAGACUUUUACCUCUCUACAUUCUGGUCACUAUAUUUUGAUUGCUCAGUUACUGGGCCAUCCUGCAAAACCUUGAGAAACUGUCCACUGAAUGCCUCCUUGGAAUCCUUGCCUUUUCAUCAUUUUGAUAUGAGCAUGAGUGAUGGGAGUUACAACAUAUACAAUGCUGUGUAUGCUGUGGCCCACAGUGUACAUGAGAUGCUUCUACAAGAGUUAGAAAUGCAGCCAGUGAGCAAUGGGGAAAAGGUGGAAUUUUCUCCUUGGCAGUUGCACCCGUUUCUCAAGAACCUCCAACUUACCAAUCCUGCGGGUGACCUGGUGAAUUUGAAUCACAUGAGGAAUUUGGAAGCUGAAUAUGACAUUCUCAACUUUCUGAAUUUUCCAUAUGGUGUUGGACAUAAGGUUAAAGUAGGACAGUUUUCCCCGUAUGUUCCACAGAGCCAACAGUUGUCUCUCUCUGAGAAUUUGAUAGAGUGGGCCACAGGAAUUACAGAGACUCCACGUUCAGUAUGCAGUGAGAGUUGCAGCCCUGGAUUCAGGAAAGCCCCUCUGGAGGGGACGCCUACCUGUUGUUUUGAUUGCACACCUUGUUCUGAGAAUGAGAUUUCCAAUCAGACAAAUAUGGACCAGUGUGUGAAGUGUCCAGAUCUUCAGUAUGCCAACACAGAGCGAAACCAGUGCUUCCACAAAAGAGUGACCUUUCUGUCGUUUGAAGAUGCCCUGGGGAUGACCCUGGUCUGCACAGCUCUGUGCUUCUCUGUCCUCACCGUUGUUGUCCUUGGGGUCUUUGUGAAGCACCGAGACACUCCCAUAGUCAAGGCCAACAAUCGUUGUCUCAGCUACGUCCUGCUCAUCACCCUCAUCUUCUGCUUCCUCUGCUCCUUAGUGUUCAUUGGUCGUCCCAACAAAACCACCUGUGUCCUCCAGCAGACCACAUUUGGAGUGGUAUUCACUGUGGCUAUUUCCACUGUCCUGGCCAAAACUAUCACUGUGCUUCUGGCCUUCAGGGUCACUGGCCCAGGGAGAAGAAUGAGACACUGGCUGAUAUCAGGGUUACCUAACUCCAUUAUUCCCAUCUGCUGCCUGAUCCAACUGGCUCUCUGUGGCUUCUGGCUUGGGACUUCUCCUCCCUUUAUUGACACAGAUGCACACUCAGAGCAUGGCCACAUCAUCCUGGUGUGCAACAAGGGUUUGGUCACUGCCUUCUACUGUGUCCUGGGCUACCUGGGUUCCUUGGCCCUGGCCAGCUUUACUGUGGCUUUCCUAGCCAGGAAUCUGCCUGACACCUUCAAUGAAGCCAAGUUCCUGACAUUCAGCAUGCUGGUGUUUUGCAGUGUGUGGGUGACCUUCCUGCCUGUCUACCACAGCACCAAGGGGAAGGUCAUGGUGGCUGUGGAGGUCUUCUCCAUCUUGGCCUCCAGUGCAGGGCUCCUGGGCUGCAUCUUUGUUCCCAAGUGCUACAUUAUUCUCUUCAGACCUGAGCAGAAAGCUUUGAAAGUAUUAAGGGAUAGAAUAAUUUCCAAGGAAACAGAUGUUCUCAGGAGUAGCUCUUAG